CUCGCGAGUGAAGUACGUCGCACAUUCGUCGUAACGCGUUGAAUAUCACGCCGAGAUUUCGGUUUUCCUGGGCACACGAAGGAGUAUCCUGAUAUUUCGCACAGCUGAUAAUCCCUCAUUGUAAUUCGUACGAUCAUUGUCAGCACUGCUAGGGAAAUGCGUUGUCAUGUUCGUGUCUGCGCAUGCUGCGCGGUGGAACGAGAAAAGCGGUGCAGCUUGGUGACUGCUCAGAAAACGGCGAAGUCAUUUAAAACUUCUGUGAAACGGUGCUUAUUUUGAACUGCCAAAACGAUGUCGGCGAGAUACGACAGAGCAAUCACGGUAUUUUCGCCGGACGGCCAUCUGCUCCAGGUGGAAUAUGCUCAGGAGGCUGUCAAGAAGGGCUCGACAGCGGUCGGCGUACGGGGAGCCGAUGUAGUAGUCUUAGGCGUUGAGAAAAAAUCUGUUGCUAAAUUGCAAGAAGAACGUACAGUGCGCAAAAUAUGUCUCCUAGAUGAUCAUGUAAUUAUGGCUUUUGCAGGUUUAACUGCCGAUGCAAGAGUAUUAAUUAACCGUGCGCAAGUUGAAUGCCAGAGUCAUAAAUUAACUGUAGAGGAUCCUGUUACCUUGGAAUAUAUUACGAGGUAUAUUGCAGGCUUAAAACAAAAAUAUACACAGAGUAACGGCCGUAGACCUUUUGGAAUAUCCUGUCUCCUAACUGGAUUUGAUUAUGAUGGUAUUCCACAUUUGUAUCAAACAGAGCCAUCAGGGAUAUAUUAUGAAUGGAAGGCGAAUGCAACAGGACGCAGCGCUAAAACUGUGCACGAAUUCUUGGAAAAGUAUUAUACUCCAGAAGAAGUAUCGACAGAAAGAGGUUGUAUAAAACUAGCAAUCAAAGCGCUGCUUGAAGUAGUUCAAUCAGGACAAAAAAAUUUGGAAAUAGCGGUAAUGCGACGCGGGCAGCCAUUACAGAUGUUAGAUACAGACACCAUAGGUGAAUAUGUAACAGAAAUCGAAAAGGAGAAAGAAGCAGAGGCGGAAAAGAAAAAACAGAAAAAGUGAUGCUUUUGCACCCCCAUUGUGUACUUCUAUAUUGUAUCAUUAUUAAUUUUUAUUAUAAAAUAAACCAUUUGGAAAUAGAAAAAAAACUGAUAUAUGAUAAGAUCAAAAUGAAGCAUAAAAUUAGGAUUUUUUUAUUUGUAUUAUUUACUAUUACGAAACUGAAAAAUACAUACAAAACUUGCUAAGUUUUAAAAUCUAAAAUUCAAAUUAUAAUUAUAAGGAGAAUGAUCACAAUAUUUUGUGAAUUGUUUUCAGUAAUAAAUUAUUAAAUUUUGCACAUAUAUAUGUAUAUAUAUAUAUAUAUAUACAUAUUAAUAUUGUUACAAUUUUUAUUACAAAUUUUCUCUUGUAUAUUUGUUUUAUAGAUUAAAAGUUUUUUUUAAAAAAGAUAUAUUUUAAUAUAUUAAUGAGAAAAUAAAGUUAAUAUAAAUAA